GCUUAGGUUUGCUUCUACUACCCCCGGCCUGCCCCCAUUAAUCACACAACCACACAGCCAGACGAAGCUGAGCUGAGCUCCGUUGAUACUGAUAGUAUAAAGGUUCCGUUGGUAGUGAUAGGGUGUGGUUCUGUGGGCUGGGCGUGAUCGAUGGAGCUGGGGCUGAGCUUGGGAGAGGCCGUGGCCGUGGCGGAUGGCGGCGGGAGGGCGCCGGAGCUGGUUCUUGGGCUAGGAGUUGGGCCGAGGAGUGGGGAGGAGGAUGAGGCGUGGAGGAGGGAGGAUGGGGUGGGAGCGAGGAGGUGGGCAGCGGCGGCGGCCUCGCCGGAGCCGUCGGUGCGGCUCAGCCUCGUCUCCAGCCUGGGGCUCCACUGGGCUUCCGAGAGCGGUGAGUCGCGGCGGCGCCGUCGAUGCUCGUUGCGCUGGUGUGGUGUGGUAGUUGAGGUGGGUGCUUGUUUUAUUUUUUUCUCUCUCUUGGCAGGGCGUUCGGAGCCGUCGGCGCGUGGGUUCGACGUGAACCGGGCGCCGUCGGUGGCGACGGGCGCGGCGGGGAUGGAGGAGGACGAGGACGGCCCCGGCGCGGUGCCGGCGUUGUCGUCGUCGCCCAACGACAGCGGGGGCUCCUUCCCGUUGGACUUGGACCUCUCCGCCCACGGCCUCCGUGGCCCCGCCGAGGCGGCGGCUCAGGGCGGCGGCGAGCGGUCGUCCUCGCGCGCGAGCGACGACGACGAGGGCGCGUCGGCGCGCAAGAAGCUACGCCUCUCCAAGGAGCAGUCCGCGUUUCUUGAGGAGAGCUUCAAGGAGCACAGCACCCUCAAUCCCAAGCAGAAGGUGGCGCUGGCGAAGCAGCUCAACCUCCGGCCGCGGCAGGUGGAGGUCUGGUUCCAGAACCGCAGAGCCAGGACGAAGCUGAAGCAGACGGAGGUGGACUGCGAGUACCUCAAGCGCUGCUGCGAGACGCUCACCGAGGAGAACCGGCGGCUGCACAAGGAGCUCGCCGAGCUGCGCGCGCUCAAGACGGCGCGCCCCUUCUACAUGCACCUCCCGGCCACGACCCUCUCCAUGUGCCCCUCCUGCGAGCGCGUCGCCUCCAACCCCGCCACCGCUUCCACCUCCGCCCCCGCGUCGGCGCCGCCACCGGCAACCUCGGCCAGAGCCGCCGCCGCGUCGCCCGAGCACCGGCCGUCGUCCUUCGCCGCACUGUUCGCGGCUCCCCGCAGCUUCCCGCUGUCCGCCGCCCAGCCGCGGCCGCCGCCGCCGCCGGCGAGCAACUGCCUGUAAAUACGCACGAUGGCGACGCGUGCUCCUCGGUCUCAUCGGUUGGUUCCUGUGAGAAAUUUUGGGGUUUCCGAGGCCGUCCGUUGCCGUGACGUGGACGGCUGGGAUGCGUGAAGAGCAAAAUGCUUGGAUCGAGCUGUCCUUUUUACCUUAAACCUGUCAUCUCUUUAAUCUUUUUUUCUCAAGGAGUGUUGAUGAGUAAAUUAGUCGUAGCAUUUUACUGCUAAUGAUUUCAAAAGUAUGUUAAUUAGCAUUCGUAGUUUUUUUUUUUUUUGGCAGUUGGGGUGAGCAGAGUGUUUUUGAAGCUCUGUAGCUUUCGUUGCACGUUUCGUACUACGGGGAAGAUUUGUGGAAUUAUGACACCUUCGCAGUUAAACGUCUAACCUGAAUUUAAUCCUGGCUGAGAAUUCAGAUCUUCAUUUAAUAGCACCAGAUCGUCAUAC